UACAGCUGUUGAGUCAUUAGGUACAGCGGGCUAUGUGAUUGGUCGAGAAACAAAACGGCCGCCGGGUUUCCCGCCUCAUGCCCCGCCCACGCUGCUGAGCGUAGGAAGUGACUGUGUGAGGAAGCGCCUACAGACCCCGGGCUGAGGGUUCAGAUCUGUAGAAAUGUCUCCAGAUGAGCUGGUCUACCUGGGGAUCCUUGCUGCAUCAGUACCUGUCGGAUUCCUUUUCCGCUACUUGAGUCCUCCAGUAAAGCAGGGUGCAGCACUGCUCUUGGGUCUAACUAUUACCAUUGGGACCUGCGGCAUCCACACACUACACUCGCUGUGCACGGUUUUAGGAACAUGGCUGAUCAUCACUUUCAGCUGGAGGAAUGGUCCCUCUCUUUCUCUGGGAUGGACGUUCUUAUAUCUGCUCUUCUUUCGGUUGGUCACAUGGUUCGGCCUGCCCUCACCCGGCCCUUUUGCCAAUGCCAUUCAGCUUUUGCUUACACUGAAGAUGGUUAGCUUAGCCAAUGAGGUCAAGAGUUAUCACUCUGAGAAGAAAAAAGACGUGAGCACCUUCUCCAAAUCUCCAGUGGUUGGUGGUCUCUCCCACAAACCCUCCCUCUAUGACGUCAUAUCCUACAGCUACUGCUACAUUGGCAUCAUGACAGGUCCAUUUUUCCGCUAUCAGACGUUUGUGGACUGGCUGGAACAGCCGGAUGCUGUGUCUCUUCCGGGCCGAGAGCCGUGUCUGCAGAGGCUGAAGAUGGUGCCGGUCUAUGGUGCUCUCUUUCUCUUCGUCAACUCUUAUUUCCCCCUCUCAUACGUCCGCACUGAAGAGUUUCUUGAGCACGACUACUUCUUCAGGUUUCUCUACAUGGUCAUGGUGUUCUUCGUGUUCCGGAUGAGGUUCUACGCUGCCUGGUGUGGGGCAGAGGCGGGAUGUAUCAGUGCAGGGCUGGGCUGCUAUCCACAAGGGGCGCUUUCCAAACCUGGAGGAGGACCAACAGUCGAGUACAGUCCUGAACCUGACACUGCCGUGGAGUACGACUUUAAGACCAUCCAGAACAUUGACUGCUACAACACAGACUUCUGCGUGAAGGUCCGGCAUGGCAUGCGUUACUGGAACAUGACGGUUCAGUGGUGGCUGCAUCAUUACAUCUAUCCAAAUGCUCCAUUUAGAGCGUACGCCCUGAGGGCUGGUUGGACUAUGUUGAUCAGUGCAUAUUGGCAUGGUCUCCACGUCGGUUACUACCUGUCCUUCCUCACCAUCCCUCUGUGCAUCGCGGCUGAAACUGCUAUGGAGGCGUCGGUCAGGGUCCGUUUGGGCCCCGGUGGUCAGAAAGUCUUCGACUGGGUUCACUGGUUCCUCAAAAUGAGAGCCUACGACUACAUGUGCAUGGGUUUCGUCCUGCUGAAGGCCAGCGACACCCUGAACUACUGGAGCUCCAUCUACUUCAUCAUCCACAUCAUCGCUCUGCUCUGCAUAGCCACUGGUCGACUGAUGAAAGGAGGGAGGGGGGAGAGGAAGAGGGGGAGUGAGGGAGAGAAGGAGGUAAAGAGAGAUGAAACAGUCAGAGAAAAGGCGGAAUGAAACUGAUGUCAGUGUCUUGUGUAAGUUGUGGGACAGGAGCUAGUUUACUAAACCUUUCUCAGAUUUCCCAUCAUGCACUGUAUUUUGCUAGCCAGCAACUGCCAUUUAACCGUUGUCUGAUAUUUUCAGCUUAUGAGAGAAGAUGCAGUAUUAUAUUAUCAGGACAUACUGUGCUAAAAUGUAUUUUUUUCUAUGACAUGGCAUUUUUUUAUUGUCGAUAAGAAUUGAGAUAUGGAUUGUGGGAAUUUAAGUCUGGUGUUCUGUUUUUUAGUUUAUGUCUGAUUCUAUUUUACCAGACCAAGCAACAGGUCUUUACACAUGUAGAAACAAUUGAAUUGUUAUUGUUUGUUUGUUUUUUGUUUGUUUUUGUUUCUAAAUAUAUACCAGGAUCUCAUUAACAUUUAUUUCCCAAUUGUAUAUGGGUUUUUUUAUUAUUUUAUUGUGUUUAUUUGACAGUUUUUGGGGGGUGGGAAAGUAAUAUAUCACAAAGCACAUUUGUCUAACUGAAGCCAGGGGGCCUCGUUGAGCAGUUCCUGGUCAUUUAUCAGUGUCUGGUGACAGUGACAUAACUGGCUUGCAUAUUUCUACUGUACAAUAUACCUCUGCUCCAGAGUGAAUGUGUAAUUAGACAUUUUCUGCUCAGUGAUUGGACACAUCUCAGUCUGUUUAUGUCUGUUAGACAUUGGGUGUUUAAAAGAAUUCCACUUUUUAAAACCAUCUCUGCAUAAUUCAGUCUUUAGGAUGUAAAUAAAGUAAUUCCGAGGGUUUGAUGUGAAAUGCUGUAUCCUAGAGAGACUUACAGAAUUACUGAGUCAGGAUUUCUCUCAGUGGUGGUAAUUAUAUGCAUCUGAAUACCUUAAAUGCUGGGAGUUUCAUUUCAGAAAGCCAUUUCAUAAAAUGAUUACGUCUGAUACCUGAGGCAUUGUUUUAAUAAGCACCUUUAGGUUAAAACAUUUGGAAAGGAAAAAAAGAGCCAUUAGAAGAAUUGUAAGAAUAAAGCAUAUUAAGAAAAAUAGUCCUCAGUGAAAAUGUAAUUGUUAACGAUCUGCUAUUUUACUAUUAUCACCAAAACAUAUACACAGUCAAAAGUCAUGAAAUCCUCAUUCACUGGUGUUUUUUAGAAAGUAAAUUAAGUAGCAAUUUUUAUGUUAAAUCUCUUGUUUCUAUUACAACCAAAGUACUCUAAAUUACUCUAAAAAACCUUCUUACAUAGUCUAGGUUUGGUAUGAUUUUGCUUUAACACUGUAUUACUGAACAUUAGAUCGUCAUCAUAACCUUUUGAUAAAAUAUUGUAGCAGAAAUUAUUGCUACAAACAAUAUUAUUGUUAUUUUAACACCAUAUAAUGUCACUGAGAUAUUAUUUCUGAAUUAUAGAAGGAAUAUUCAGAUGUUCAAAUUGGAAUAUGACCAUUUUUAAAUAUUAAAUAUCCCAAAUAAAUGCAUCCAUUUUAAAACAAUGAAAUUAUUAUUAUUAUUAUUUUCAAUCUUAAUAUAGUAUACUUUGUCACUCUCCAACAUUUGUACUUGAAACAAGGCUUUGUAGAGGUGUCCAUAUCUACAGGCUGGGUUUCCCAAAUGCUUCUUAGCACGAAGAUGAUUCUGGGAUGGUCAAUGGAACAUCACACUGAGCCCUUUCUCCAUGUUAAUUCAGUUAUGUUCUUAAUCCCUGAUGUGUUGUUUAAUUGCUUAAAAGCUACCUACAUUGGGAUUUCAUAGCACAUGCAUAAAAACUCAAUAUUGAACAUUUCUGAACAGAUUUUGCCUGUAAUUCCAGGAUAAGCCCCUUAAAUCAAUACAGUGUCAUAUAUACGAUCAUAAAAAUAUGAUUACCAGCAUAAGAUGUUUUUAAAACUGGAUGAUUGAUUCAUAAAUAUGUUUUUCAGUACUUAGGCAUGUAUUGUGGAAUACCCAAUGUGUGUUAUACCAUAGCUCAUAAUUGUUACUGUUUAAUUCAUAGUUAAUACAAUACCUCUGUUAAUGUGCAUAUGUUUAUUGUUAAUUUUCUGUUUCACUCCUCAGCCUCUGCUGUGUAUUAUGGAACACCAUAAAUCCUGUAUAAGUUUUUGCUCUGAUAAUGCUGAUGGUUAUCAUGUUUACGAGUAUUUUUUUCUUCCAUCACUGCCAGAAUGUGUGUCUAUGUAUAUGUAAAUACAUUGCAGAACAACUACCAAUCACAAGCCACUGGGGCCAGUUAAUACGCAUCUGUUCUUGUUUAUCUGUAGCCUGGAUGUGAUUUUCACUGUGAAUACCAUACCAAGCUCUGUAAGGCUCAGCUAGUAUAACCCAGAGCACAUGGAUUUAGAGCCUGAUGGUGUAAAUUUGUCUCCAUAUGGCCUCAGAGUUUUUGGAAGAACUGUGACGUGGUGGUAAUUCCUAUUCCAUCCAUUUGGCCAGUAUCAGAACCCACAGUCUGAUUUUAAAACGAUGUUAUGGUCCAAUAAACACCACUGAUCAUCUUGGUCUGUGGUGAUUGAUUCCAA